CAUGUUGCUGCUUUCUGACUUCACCAGGAAAAGGCGCUCACCCCACAUCACGCCACGUAUUCAGCUCUGCAGAGUGGAAUUAUGGACACUAUAAUUAGUCAGGUAGCCGCCGUCCAGUGGGGCUGGAGGAGCCUUGGAUUGGUCGACACGCCGCCACAUCAACUCCCAGGAUGCACCUCCCACAUGAGGUGACCAGGGGCUUAGCGUGAGCCUGAUUAGUUGUGCAGCAGGUGGAGACGGGAUGCCUGAAGUGAGGAAGACCCAAACAAAUGCAUGGACGUAGACUUACUUCUGUACCAGUUCCAGAGAAGAUGGUGGCUUCUCUGCUCACCUUCUUCUCCUCGAGGAAACAUGUUCAACCUGAUGAGCAACUGCUGCAGCUGGGUCUCCAAAAUCCAGGAGCCGGUCAGGAAAGUGACCGUUCUGGUUGUUGGUCUUGACAAAGCAGGAAAAACGUCAUCCAUCAGAGGGAUGUUAAGAGUUCCCUYUGCUGUGGACCCGGGGCCGACCCCCGGCUGUGUCAGGAAUGAGCUGAGAGUGGAGAACUACUUGGUUACCCUGCUGGAUGUCGGCGGGUCCGUGGAGUGGCGUGGAGCCUGGAGGGAGCUCUACGGAGAAGCUCACGGUCUGAUCUUUGUGGUGGACUCCAGUGACCGGCAGAGGAUGAAGGAGGCCAGGAAGGUCCUGGUAGACCUGCUGAAGGAACCCAGGGUGGCAGGAAAACCUGUACUAGUGUUGGCAAACAAACAAGAUAAAAUGAAUGCUUUGGUUGGAAGUGAACUGAUUGAGAUUCUGUCUUUAGAGAAGCUGGUCAACCAGAGCCGAUGUCUGUGCCAUAUUGAGCCUUGUUCAGCCUUAAUGGACCUGCGACGGUGGUCGGACAGAAAGAUCCUGCGAGGCCUUCGCUGGCUGCUGCGUGCCGUUUGUCUGGAUUAUCCAGAGCUGUGUGCUCGGGUGGCCCAGGACAGCAGGAGGCCUGUGGAGCCCAGAGAAAAAGAAAGAGAGAAGAAUGGAAAAUCUGAGAAAGUGCACAGAAAACCCAAAGUGGAACGAAUACGAUCCAGUAAGUCAGACCUGCGUCAGGUUCAUCGGCCCAGAGAGAAAAAGAAAAACAGCAAAGCUGAAGGAAAGCUGCAGCCCAUCCGGAACAUGCUGCGGACGGAGAGCACCCUGAAAAAGAAGCUGAAGACAAAGAAGAAGAAGUCAGUUCAGGUCAACAAGUGUGAAGAAGAUGAAGAGGCUCAUGAUGAACAGGAAGAGGAAGAGGAGGGUGAAGGAAACGAAGGCGAGCAGGAGAACUCUGUCCACAGAAACAAAGCCAGCAGYGCUCUGAUCCCUCCAAAGAAAGCCAAACUGAAACGCAAAACCCAAGUGAAAGAAGAGAAGCUGGAAGUAGCCGAAACACUGGAGAACGACGAGACGCUGCUGAAAGCUGAAGGUAAAAAGAGGAAGAAGAAAAAAAUUGGUAAAGUGAAAAGAAAAAACAAAAUCAACACAGAGGGAACACCUGUAGCUUAUUCUCAACCCGUGGACCUUUCCUCCACCUUUGAUCUCUACCGAAAAGCAAUUCUGGCUCUGAAGGAGCGUCAGGACCAGGGACAGAGACCUGGUUGAGUCCUACCAUCUGACUGAAGCAUCAUUAGCUGAAAAAACUGCUGUUAGAUCAACUCACCACCCGCUUCCUGAGCCAGAGUGUGCUGUGAAGGGACCAUUUAUUUAAAAUCAAUAAUAAGAUUAUAAAACAACAUAUAUCUCUUGGCCAAAUCAUUAGUUUGUUUAUAAGGAAAAGAAAAGAAAAGUAUAUAAAAACCUGUUUUGAAUGUGUGAUGUUUAUUUUUUAAAUGUAUUUUGUAUGAUUAGAAAAGUUUGACACAUUUAAAAAAAGUGUUUGUGAUUUCCUAAUAAAUACAUUGUCUCAA